AUGCCCCAAUCCAAGGCCGACAAGAUUGCCGAGGUGCAAGCCAACCUCCCUCUUCCCGAUCAGCCGCCCACCGCUUCAGACUGGCAGUCUGCGGAUGCGAGGAAUGUCAACGUUGGUGCUGGUCGGACAGAGGCGCAUGUUGGAACCGACAAGGGUGCCGAGUCAGGAUUGAGAGGGCCGGCAACGAAGGGCGAGGACAUGGAUAUGAGUGGUAUUGGGCGAAAGGAUGCGAAGUGA